AUGAAACCAGAAUGGUGGCCCGGAGAAGAACAUGAAGCGUUCACAGAAUGGGCAGUCUCCAAUGGCAUAGAUACCAGCUCAGUGACACCAGCCAGGUUCCAAGGCCGCGGGUUAGGAAUGAUGGCAACCCGGAACAUCAAAAAAGGAGAAGCAGUCCUCCGAGUGCCAACUCGGCUGAUGUUAACAGUGGAAGACAUCCCUUCCACGUUUACCGAGAAACUUCCAGAAGACAUUGCCGUACAGGCACUACUGGCAGCAUAUCUCACGCACGGCACCACAGACGAGCUAUCAAAAUACGAACUAUGGCGCGAGUCGUGGCCUAGUCGAAAGGACUUCGAGGAUAGCAUGCCAAUCCUUUGGCCAACCGCUCUGGGAGGACUACAGUUGCCCGACGGCAAAGACGACAAAUCUGCUGAUAAAGAGCAGCCAAAUUUGCUUCCCCCGUCAAUUUCAGGGCUUUGGAAUAGUCUAAAGCCUGGACCGAAGACGAAGACAUAUAGCUCAGAUUAUCAGACUAUUCUGUCCCAGCAGGCUCAGCGCUUGCGCAAGGCGUGGACGGAUGUUAUUUCCGCUUUCCCGGAUACCAACUGGGAGAUGUUCUCUUAUAACUGGCUGAUUGUAAAUACGAGGUGUUUCUAUUGGGUUGGUAAGGACCAGGAAACACCCGAAGAUCCCAAUGAUGCGAUGGGGCUGGUGCCAUUUGCUGACUAUUUCAACCAUGCGGACGUGGCUCGAGACGUCAAGUUUGAUGAGCAUGAAUAUGUUUUCUGCGCCACGAGAGAUUAUGAGGAGGGUGAGGAGGUAUACAUGAACUAUGGCAGUCACCCAAAUGAUACCUUACUGGCAGAAUAUGGCUUCUUCCUUGAUGCCAACGAAGCAGAUUCUAUCUAUCUUGACGAUAUCGUUUUUCGGGAUAUAGAUACCGCCGGACAGCAAGAGGAGUUGUGGUUGAAUCAGUAUUAUGGCGCUAGUAACUACCAAGUCACUUCCCAUGGACCCUGUUACCGCACAGAGAUCGCAGCAUGUCUGAGUUAUAUGAAGGAGGAGGAUUGGCGAAACCAUGUUCUUGAGGGCCAAUCACAGGGCUUGGAUGAGAGUCGGUCUGAAGCCACUAUCAAGAGGUGGAUCAUGACCUAUGCCGCAGAGGCAGAGGCAAACAUGACGGCAUUGCAAAAGGCCAUGGAACUCAACGACACGAUUCAAGAACAUCGUUCGAAAGCAGAGAUGCUGCUGCGCCGGUGGAAGCAGAUCAAGGAUCUCUGUGAGCAUGCGGCCGAAGCCGUUUCUGUAUAA